AUGAUGCCAGUGCUAAACUAUACUGUAAAAUAAUUGUCGUUGGCUGAAAUCAGUAACCACCGACCUCGGAUAUAAACAAAUUUUGUUUCUUAUUAAGCAACUAAUAUAAACUAUUACAUAUUUGUUUUAUUUUAAUACAUAAUUUACAAGAAUUAAUAAAAUAAAAAUAUUAUUUAGUUAGUUAUCAUUAUGCCUUUGGCUAAAAGUUUGCUUCACCCGACUGCAAAGGAUGAUUUACGCAGUCAUAAAUUAAAGAGAUUGGUACCUCGUCCCAACUCAUACUUUAUGGAUAUCAAAUGCCCAGGAUGUUAUAAAAUUAAAACUGUAUUUAGUCAUGUCCAAGAUAAAGUGAGAUGUGAUGGCUGCUUGAUUGUAUUGUGUAGGCCAACUGGAGGGAAAGGAAAACUAUCAGAUGGCUGUUCAUAUCGAAGGAAACAUUAAAGUUAAAAAUUAUAACAGUAAACUUAAUGAUUAUUUUUUUAAAAUAAAUAAAUAAAUAUAUAUAUAUAUUUUAAGCUUUAAUAAACACUCAUAAGUAUCCUGUUAUUAA